AUACCAAUUUCCUGCAGAAGAUUUUUCAUCGGCUAUUUUCCACCAUGUCUUCUUCUUCUUCCCAGCUUUUCUUCUGCAGUUCUACCUGAAAAUGGAAACCUCUCUGAGCUUCACGAGCUCGAGUUUGGUUCCCGCCAAGCCGGCGCCUUUUCCCCCGCCCCAUUCCAACUUCAAUUUUUCGAGAUUAAAAAGCUCCAGACUUGAGAAGAACCGAAAGAAUAAUAAUUUGUUUCUGGUGAGAGAUUCUGGGUCGAGCAACAAUGGUUCUUUUAGCCCUUUUCCUGUAUUUCCUAACAAUAUUUCCUUGGAAGAGGCCAUUGGAGCAGAAUAUGGAGAGGGAUUUGAGACAUUUAGAGCAGAUGGAUUACUCAAAGUUGAUGUUGAUUUUCUUAAUGACAAACUGCAAGAAGGUUUUUUGAAGAGAAUCCGUUAUGCAAUGAAGCCCGACGAGGCUUAUGGAUUAAUUUUCUCUUGGGACAAUGUAGUGGCAGACACUCAAGCUCUAAAGCGGAAUGCUUGGAAUCAACUUGCUAUUGAAGAAGGGAAGGAAAUUCCUGAAGAUAACGGCACACAAAGACUUUUGCUUCAAGAGGGUGUUGAUAAUGUACUAAAUGAGGUUUUGCAAUGGGAAAUGGAAGAAAAUGAUUUAAGUAGAUUGAAGUUAAGGUUAUCAGAGUUAUUCUGUGACAAUUUAGUCAAAUUUUCAAAACCAAUAGAGGGGCUGAACGAAUGGCUUGAUGCUGUUUCUACAGCACGCAUUCCAUGUGCUGUUGUUUCUAGUCUUGAUCGAAAAAUUGUGGUUGAUGCCUUGGAACAUCUGCGCCUCAACAAGUAUUUUCAGGCUAUUGUGACAGAAGAGGAUGGUAUGGAGUCCAUAGCACACAGGUUUCUAUCUGCAGCAGUUAAGCUGGACAGGAAGCCAUCAAAGUGCGUGGUGUUUGAAGAUGAUCCGAGAGGCAUAACGGCUGCCCACAACUGUACGAUGAUGGCCAUAGCACUCAUCGGUGCUCACCCGGCGUAUAGAUUGGGGCAGGCCGACCUCACAGUUGGUGGCUAUAACGACCUCUCGGUCAUCAACCUCAGGAGAUUAUUUGCACACAAAGGCUCCAACUUUAUGGACUUGCAGAAGCAAGUCAUGGAGAAGACUCCUCCUAAAAGGAAGCUCACUGUUGACACCUUUUUCUGAUCCAAUUUCAGGUUCCCUUUUUUUUGUUUUCAAAUAUACUUGUAGCUUUUAAAUAGAACAGUGCAAAAAGAUUUGAACCCAUGAAGCAUGUAUGUGUUCAAAACACAAACAUGGCAAUUGGGUUCACAUGAGAGUAUUAUUAUUGUAUGUAUAUAUUAUAGUAAGUUGCUUAUGGGAGCAAUGAUUUUGUCCUAUCCUACACAAUUUGAUGAUCAACUUUUAUCAACUUGAGAUAUCUUUUGGCUUCUUAUCUUCUACUACUAUAUCUGCACCAUUAAAGAACUAUUCCAAGU